AUGCCUCGAUUCGAUGGAUGGAAGGCUGAAGCUGUGCGGAUCUCUUCUCGAUGCGGGUUCUGUGACGUGGAGUUCAUGACCUGGAACAAACUCGUUGACCAUCUCGCCAACCACUUUCGCCAUGGUGCAAUGAUGAAAGACUGGAAGGGAGAACACGGAUUCAGUCCAACAAUUGCGCAGCAGGUCGCGCAUGCCCUGCCUCCCUACCUCAUAGGUUCAGAGUCGCUGAGUGUUGUCCCAUUCUCAGUCACGAAUCAGAGCACCAGAGACCAUUUUGCUCAGAUAUCGUCUCGUACACUUGAGUCACAACAAGAAAAUGGAAAGAAGACCGCUGCAAUAGAUACUGCGACGUCUUUACUGCCAGAAUCAAUCCUCAGAUCCAGGGCAGCAACGUCAAAAGCUUUCACAGAGAUCCUGGAGCAACAUUUGAGGCAUUUUGUAAAGGAGCACCUCUCUCAAGGGUUCGACAUCACAGACGAAAUGCUUAGACAAGAGUCGAGGCGUGUGAUUUACGACUGCGACGACGAAUGGAAUCAGACUGUUGCAGACAAUCCCGAAUGGCUAGAAAAAUUCCGUCAGCGCCAUGCUAUUGGCUGCGGUGGUGGUGGUGACACUGCCGCCGAGGAAACUCUUGGAUUAUCAAAAAGCACUUGA